CCUGGGUCCGGCCCGCCCCCCCCAGCACCCCGCCAGGAGCAGCUCCUUUGCAGUUUGCAGCACCGCAUGACAAAGGGAGAGAGGGAGAGGCAGAAGGGAAAAGAGAGAAGGGGAGAAAGCAGCCCAGGUCGCUGGGUUACAGAAAGCAGUAAAGAAGCUUCCAGGACAAACAAUCUUUUGCAAAAAUAUAGCUCUUUCAGGGUCAGGCGUUUUUGUUGUGAUUUUUUUUUUUCCCCUUCUGAUCAAGUGCAGAGGAGCGGUGCCCUCACCCCAGCAUACACCCAACCUGUCGGCCUGAGGGGCACCCGAACCUGACAAAGCAGAAUGUACCAGGGACACAUGCAGGCAGUAGGUGAAACCUUGAAGAAAAAGUGGCUCUGUCUUCAAAAAAGUGACCUGACCUUUGCUUUGGGGAAAGGCGCUAGGGCGGCCGAUAAGGCGGUUGCCAUGGUGAUGAAGGAGAUUCCGAGGGAGGAGUCUGCAGAAGAAAAGCCCCUCCUAACUAUGACAUCACAGGGGUGCAGAGGCCAAAAGGAAGCAGAAUCAAGUGAAAAACUGGUGAAUGAGCAACAAGAAAGCAGACCUCUUCUGAGCCCCUCCAUUGAUGACUUUCUCUGUGAAACUAAACCAGAAGCUGUUGCAAGGCCUGUAACAUCAAAUACUGCAGUGUUAUCAACAGGUCUGGAUCUCUUGGAUCUUAGUGAACCUGUCUUACAAACCCAAAACAAAGCAAAGAAAUCAGAGAAUCCAUCAAGAAGUGAAGGCUUAAAAGCUUCAACCCACAGAAAGAAGACAGACAAUUCUGACCUUAUCAGUGUGGAUACUGAGCAGAAAGUCCAGACUGUCAGAGUUUCAGACAAGUCCUCACUAGAUUUAGUUGAUAUUCAGACACAGCUAGAGAAAUGGGAUGACGUCAGUUAUCAUGGAGACAGGAGUAGCAAGGUCCACCCUUCUACUGAGAGAGGAUCAUCAUCAUCUAGAGCUCCAUCAAAAGAGCUUUUAUGGUCCACAGAAAACAGAUCACAGUCUGAGCUGGCUAACGUCAUCAAGGGUGCCUUGGACUCUGAGUCAACGUCAGAACUAGAACUUGCUCCUGCAACACAGGCACGAUCAACUAAGGAGCAGCGUUGGGGAGGGCCUCUUCUCUCCAGAAAUCACUCGUUGGAGGAGGAAUUUGAAAGAGCAAAGGCAGCUGUUGAGUCAGACACAGAGUUUUGGGAUAAGAUGCAAGCAGAAUGGGAAGAAAUGGCCCGCAGAAACUGGAUUUCAGAGAACCAGGAAGCACCAGGGCAAGUCACCAUCUCAACCAUUGAGAAGGGUUAUUAUUUCCAUACUGAGAAUCCCUUCAAAGACUGGCCUGGUGCUUUUGAGGAAGGAGUGAAAAAAAUGAAAGAAGGUGACCUGCCAGUUACAAUCUUAUACCUGGAGGCUGCUAUUCUACAAGAGCCCAAUGAUGCAGAGGCCUGGCAGUUCCUGGGCAUAACACAGGCAGAGAAUGAAAAUGAGCAGGCAGCUAUUGUCGCCCUCCAAAGGUGCUUGGAACUACAGCCAAACAACUUAAAAGCUCUGAUGGCCCUGGCUGUAAGUUACACGAACACUGGCCAUCAACAAGAAGCCUAUCAAGCUCUAAGAAACUGGAUAAAGCAAAAUCCAAAAUACAAGUAUAUCACAAAAAGUAAAAAAGGGUCCCCAGCACUUACCAGGAGAAUGUCCAAGACAUCAGAUGAAAGCUCAUUACUUGAAGAAGUAAAGGAUUUGUACCUGGAGGCUGCUCACCAGAAUGGUGAUAUGAUCGACCCUGACUUGCAGACAGGACUUGGAGUUCUUUUCCACCUGAAUGGAGAAUUUAACAGAGCAAUAGAUGCAUUUAGUGCUGCUUUAACUGUUCGGCCAGAGGACUACACGUUAUGGAACCGUCUUGGAGCAACCUUGGCAAAUGGGGAUCGAAGUGAAGAAGCUGUCGAGGCCUACACACGUGCUUUAGAAAUACAGCCUGGCUUCAUUAGGUCCAGAUACAAUUUGGGGAUAAGCUGCAUAAACCUAGGAGCAUACAGAGAGGCUGUCAGCAAUUUUCUCACUGCUCUCAGUUUGCAAAGGAAGAGUAGGAAUCAACAACAGGUUCCCCAUCCUGCUCUAUCAGGCAAUAUUUGGGCAGCACUUCGAAUUGCUCUGUCUAUGAUGGACCAGCCAGAACUAUUUCAAGCUGCCAAUGUGGGUGAUCUAGACAUUCUGUUAAGAGCUUUUAACCUAGAGCCGUAAUAAAAAGUAUCUACAAAUUGAUUAAGUUGUAUUAGGAAACAGAGACCUCUUUUAUUACUCAUCUCAAAUGACCACAUUUUCCAAAAGAUCAUGGCUGUAGAUCAGUAGGGGAAUUCUCCUGGACAUUAUUUGAAAAGGAAAAAAAAAGUUCAAAAGCACAAAGUAUUGUAAAUAAAUUCAAACUCCAAGGAUUGAAAUAAACUGCGGCUAAUCUGACAAAGCUCUGAACUAGAUGAGAUAGCCAUUUCUGAAGAAUCUUCAUUCCAUCCAAGCUGUAUUUCUCUAUAUAUGCACAGGUAUACAAAGAAAAAGAUAUUAAGAACAAACCCAGAUAAUCAUCAUUGCACACUAGAGUGGCAAGCAAUGCAUCCAAGGAACCUGCUUAGUAGCUCAUUGCACUUUGCUGACAUCACUUUGCCCUACAAAGUGGAUUCCCCAUCCUUUGGUUUCUUAGUUGAAAAGUUUUUCAAGGUCUUUUUUUAAAAUAGCUCUGAAAAUAGAUGCAUGUAAAAUUGAUGUAUUUUGUUUUGAAUAUAUUUAUUAGCUGUCAGUCAAGACAAUUUUUGCUUCCAAAGGUACCUUGAUUAAUUUGGGCCCAAUUCUGCAGGCUCAUAGAGUUGUAAACAAUGUGCAGUGUUAGGAGGAACAUUGUAAAUGGAGACCACGUACAAAGAGAAGGUCAAGUGUUGCCAGCAGAAGUGGCAAUUUGCACUAGAGUUGUUGUUGUUUAAACCAGCUACCCCAAAUCUAGGUCAGAGUAUGUCUGCUUCAAAGGAGCUCAUAGCAGGAUCUGCACUAUGUACUUAUGCACUUUAAUCUUUCUUUUUGUAAAAUAGUGCUGUACUUUUAUUUCAGUUACUAACACCAGAAUGUACGGGAUAGCCUCAUUGGCAUAAUGGACCAAAUACCAUUCCCUAAAAUGUGAUGAGAGGGUUUUCAAUAUUCUUGUGUUAAGAAUGCAAAUAUAGUAUAAAUUGCAAUAUCUAUUAGAAAGAUUAUUCUAUUAUGCAUCCAUUAGAUAUGACACACAUACAUGCAUGUGCAUGCCCAUACAUGUUGUGUGUGAAUUAUGACAUUUCAAAGCAUAGAAAGCCACAGAUAUGUAUUGCAAAAAAAGUCUUCAUAGGAAUGAAUGUCUGCAGACCAUGCUCAAGAGAAAGUUUUCCUUGAAAAAAUUGUUCUAUUUAAUGCUUGUAGGAUCAAGACUAAGAUUUGAUCCUGCUGUUACAGUAAGCAGAAGCAAAAGUCUCAGUGACCUCUGUCGUGGCAGACUGAAUCCUCAAAUAACAUUGGUAGUUAUAGCUGCUUAAAGAUGGUGUAUAUACACAAGCUUCAUGUUUCCUGACUGAAGGAACAGGGAACAGUAUUGGGGGCAGUACACUGCCACAUGAUUAAUGGAUAGAUUUGGCCACAAACACAUUUAGCUCAAGGUGAAUGUAUCAAUCAAAGACAGGAGUAGAAUUUUUUUAAGGAGGUAAUUUUCAGUUGCUGAUAUUUUAAAUAUUUUUCCAAAAUAGUCAAACAUAAAAAGUGCAAAUAAAUGGCUAGUGUGUUGAUCUGUGGUCAGGAAACCAACGUGCAGGGUGGCUAUUGGAAUGUUUUUAAGUAGGACAAAUAGCACACUUCCUUUAAACAGCAUUAAAAGAAAAAUCCAGCUUGAUCAGCUGGAUAAAAAAAUUGCAACUGCACAGAUCACAGAGAGGGCAGCUCUGUGGGAAUUGGACAGUUUCACCAGUACAAACCUGAAGUUUCUUGCAGCUGUCUGUUAUUUUGAGCAACCACUUAGAGGAAAAUUCCAUGUAAGACAGCAUAACCACUGCAUCUAAUCACCAAUUACUGCUUGUUUAAAAAAAAAUCAUUAAAAAAUGAAAGACUUAACACUCACUCUCUCCCCCAGAACACAGAUGCUGAAACAGCUACAGGAAUUUUUUAAUAGUGCUUUAUUAAUUAAUUGUUUACAUAUAUAUGACUAUCUAAUGAGCAUUUUGUAACUGAUUUCUGCAACUUUCUCUAAGGUUGGUUAUCAAGGACUGUCUGGGAACGUCAUUGUAGCUAAGUGGGCUGCUGUGUGCAUAUCUGCUGACAACAGUUUGCUCUUUUGCUUUGACAGCGAUGUGUGAUGACAGCUCUUUAUUGAUAAGGCAGAGCAGAAGGUGCAGUGCAAUUGAAUUUCAAAAGUGAUAAGAGAGAAGGGAGGAAGCUUUGAGAAGAGGCUGUAAAGCAAAGGCAUAUGUGCUUAGAUUUUGUUUGAUGCCCUGCCAUCACACAAGUUCUACUAGAAUAUCCUCUUGCUGUGAUGUAGGAUAAUCAGUGUUCAUCCAAAGGAAUGAGCUGUUCAGGAGCUUUAUUUUUAUACUUUGCAAAUAAAAUAAAAAAACCCAAAACUUAACAGCUUGACUUCUCAGAGUCAGAAUGAGAAGGGGCAUUUGGUACUGGUGGCAGUCCACUAAACCUCUUCUCCUCUAGUUUGUGGACAAGUAACACAGCAAUUCUGUUCGGUAAACCUGAUGCUGCCCCUGGUUUCCCCCAAAAGAACAGGCAGAGUAGGCAGCUUUUGACUUAUCCUGGGACACUGCUCAGAACUGCAUUCAUCUGCUGAUGUGUUUCCACAGCUAUGCCAGUGGUAAAAUGGAAAGUUUUCUGUGUAAACCUAGAGACCAAUUACCCAGGGCUGAACUCUGCCUCCCAAGGGGAUACUCAGGCCCCUGGUUCAUCACAAGCACUGCAGUUCUGCUGUACAGGACACCAAAGAGAUUGGGCACAUGCUCAGAGAUUAUCCCAAUUGUUCUCUCCUGUUUUGGCCUAUGGUUGGUCAACCCUGUACUGCUGACCAAGACACCACGUGAGAGAAAGACUAAAGCAGACUGACCUAUAGGGGGAUGGUGGCACGUCCCCUCAUACUAGAUACCAGUUCUGGCCUGGUCUGUGUGGGAGAGUGGCUGGUGACUGGGCUCACCUCACUCUCAACAGGUCAGGCUCAGCAGUUCUUGGUACUUCCAGGGACUUCUUCAGCAUCCUGGGCUUUAUUGUCUUUUAGCUCCCACUGCCAAGCACUGUCAGUGCAGGAGACAGGAUUAGGUGCCACUUCGAUCUGACCUCCUCAUGGCAUUUCUUAAAUAUUCAGUGGCAAGCAUAUACAUUUGCCUGAAACAGCAAGACAAAACAUGUGAGGAGGCUGCAGCAUAUUUACACUCUGAAGAGGAAAUUCAUCUACUCCUACUUCUAAACACACAUGAAGUAGGGUAAAUAAGGCAGGCGCUGAAAAAUAAGAGGUUGAGCCUGAGAGUGAAAGACUGGAAAUCUGGGUCCUGUUCUCAGUGAUCCCUGUGAGCCUGAUCAAGUAAAAACCUCCUGUCAUCCAUGACUUGCCAGGUGUUCAAGGAAGGAAGAUGGACAAAUAACAGCCAUUGCCUGUGAUGGCACUGCGUGAGAGCAGGGGAGUGCCACUCUCUCACAGCCUGCAUCAGUGAAGUCACCACUCAAUGUAAAUUGAAAGGUAACAGAGACAAGGUUCCUCAGGUCUACCUGAGGAAGCAGUUUUACAUGGAGACUAGCAAUUUCAGCAGAGAAGAAACUCGGAGACAUUUCAGGAUGGAACUGCACAGCAUCUAUGGGAUGAUGCUGAAUUAGGUUGCUAAAAUGGUUUAUCAUCAUUUUCCAUGCCUGUUUCCACUUCUUGUUACUCCUCUCUUUUUCCAGAGGAGAUUUAUCACUGCCAGGUAAUUGAUUCCAAGUUUUUGAGUCUUACAUCUAUUUUAUAUUUCAUGCAAUUAAAAACUGCUUUCCUAACCUCAGCUUGUGACUGUCCCUCUCCUCUGCAAAGCUUUAUGAAUAUGUAUGACCUAUAAGCCUGAUCCAUCAAGCUGACUAUAGACUGAAAGUCUAUAGCUUUCACAGGACUCCUCAGCAUUUUGCAUGAUCAGCUUGUGCACAUGUCUUCAGUCACCAGAUGAGAGCUGGCCUCUGAUACCACUGCACUUGCUGAGCAGGCACUGAAAUCAAAGUGAUUAUUUAUGGAGUGAGGCUUUGCAAUGAAAGCAAUAGGCUCAUUUCUUACUGAUCUCUUUAAAUUGUAAUGACUUUUGUUGCAAUAGACUGGUUGAUGUCAGUCUGAAGGACUGAUUUGAUCUUUAGGUAAACACGUAUACUUAUCUGUAUCUAAUGGUAUUUUCUUAUUGUUUGAUUCAUCACAACACUUGUAAAAAUAUUGAGGGGGACAUUCAAAUGACAGAACUUCACAUGACAAUAUUGCAUGCAACUGCAUUAACAAAUAACCACACUGAAAUAUUAACACAAAGCAUGCAGCAAUGCUACUCGAGUAUACAUUUACAGAAUGCAUGCAGAAAGCCCACACAUAAGAUAUUUUUAUACUAUUGACUAGUAUCUUCUAUGGGAUAUUUUAAAAGUACUUUGCAUUUGCCAAACUCAAAACUAAGUUGUUCAUGUUAUUUGGAAGAGGUUAGACUGAACUCAGAGCCCUUUUUAAAUCUCACCCUUAGAAAUCACUUUGUGUUGUGGAAUUCAUGUUUGCUUCAAGUAUUUAAUUAAUGACAGAUAUGAGCAGUAACAGCUUUUGCAGACAUGUUUUAGUAUCUUCUUAAGAAUUAAAAAGCUAAAUGUGUGCAGUUUUUACCAUGAAGAUGGACAUUUGGUUUUUCCCAUUGUCUUCUUCAGUCUAAACCAGAUAAUGCCAAACUACAGAAAAAGAUUCCAAGAAAGAGUGAAACAACCUGUGGCCUCUGUCUACAUUUCCUAUGGGUCAGGCUUUUCAAACUUGCCAUCUAGCUCUGAAGGGUGCUCAGUAUCUGACUGUCCUGUUUGAAAUAUGUAGAUGUAAAACUGAACAGAAUCUGAGUGUCUGCUGCAUCUAUGGAUUUCAGCUGCAGAAACUUAACUCGGCUGAAAGCUCAGAACACCGAGUUAAGCGAGAGGAGCUAAUAUGCUAACUUAGAUAACUUGGGCCUGUUUGUCAGAUGAAAAGGAGGACUCUGACUACACCAACAGAUCAGCCAGGUGAUCCUAUGAGCAUCUAUAGAGCAUAGGGCCUCCAUAACACAAAAGCCACCAUAGCAGAAAUAAUAACUGAUAACAUCACUGGCAGCAGCAGAAGCAAAACCCGAGGCCUAAAUCAUUGCCUGUUGGAGGCAGCGAGAAUUGGAGCGAAACGCAAAUUGGCUGCAGAUCUCUUUCGCCUAAAUGUGCAUCUGCAAAAAUGAGACAUGCUAGUUACUUUGCAUGAAUAACCUGCACAGUUGAAAACCAGAUUUCUGGUCACCAGUGUUGUCAGCUUAGCAGUCUGUACAGUGAAUUUAUGUAAUAAGUGUUUAUAAAAUAUGGAUUCUUCACAGAUAGACAUGAUAGACAAAAUGCACUGCCCAUUAUGGAAAAGAUGUAUGCAAUGCAGUAUUAUCUACUAUUUAAAACUCAUCUAUGCUAGAGAUCAGAUUCCUUCAUUAUAGUUCUACUAUUUUCAGACUGGUGAAAUAAAUCAGAGAACAGGAGUGCCAAGUGUGAAGAGAUCACUAAUGCUUUCAACAAACCCAGUCAAAAUGAAAAACAAGCAUGUCACAGAAUCCACAGAAAGUUUCAGAGCCUCAGCCCACAAAGCGACAGGUAUUUGGGACAGCAGAGAGGCAGAAGGAAUCUAGUUUCCUAAAAUAAACUUUACAAAUGCUUGCACAUGUGACAGCCUAUUGAGCAAGCUUGCAUGGCCAAGACUUAAUGUGCUUUGAUCUUUUUUCCCCUUCCACAUUUACAGAAUGCCAUUGACAUUGCCUAAAACUUUACUUUAAAUAGCCUUUUUAAUAUCAGUAAUUUAUUGUAAAUUCAGAAAAAUCAAAAUAUUUAUAAAUAUAUUUUAUAUAUCAGAGUGUAGCAUAUCUAGAGUAAAAUAAAACUCUAUAUUUGAGAGGCAUUCUGUGCUGCUUCUUCUCUAUGUUGUAAACUGUUUGAAAACCUUUGCAAUCUUGCAUCAGUUUUUUUGGCUUUAUUUUUAAGCCAACAUACAAGAAAGAAGUGAUUUUAGGGUUGGCAGAUGCUUUCACCUGAGCCAUCUGAAGAGCCCUGCUGCUGCAAAGACUUACAUUGCUCACCUUUUGUGUUGACAGUUAAAUGCAAAGCUUAGCAGUGGGGUGGGCAGUGGAUGUGGAGGUGGGAGUUCAGCCCUACACCUGAAUGUUUACAUUCUGUUACAAAGGUUCAUAUUGACCCAGAUUGAGAAUCUGAGUCUGUAAGUACAUAGGGAGUAAAAGAUUUGUUUCUUACUACAGGUAAUUUUGCCUCUGUCUACUUAGUGCAUUAUCAGCUGUGUAUAAUACUAAACACAGACCUGUAGUUUACUGAUGCUUUAAUUUAAAUGUUUCCUUGCACUGCUUUUUGAAAUAAUCUGUUAACUCAAAAGUGAACAAUGUGCAUAUUGGAUGUGUUACAUUUUCUAAGGUCAUAGAAGACUAUCUGCAGAGCACCACAUUUAAUGUAGUAUUUUUGUACUGUAAUGGAAGCAUGCCUUCCUUAGGUUCUUUUCCACAUAUUAAAUUGUAUUUAUUUACCUGUAUUUAUAAUUGUGCAUUUUUAAAAUAUGUUUUAAAAAUAAACUUUGUCUGUGGCUUCAAA